UCCCCCUUACACCGCCUGCCUCGGGAGAUUCGCCGCCUGCGCGCUCGGAGCGCGGACGUCGGACCGGGCGGCCCUUCGGGACACUGCUGUUCUCCAGGAGAGAAAUCAGCGAGGAAGGCUGGAAAUGACUGUUGAACUAGUUAAAGCCAUAUCCCAGGACUUGGUUACAUUCAAGGAUGUGGCAAUAGACUUUUCCCAGGAGGAGUGGGAAUGGCUGAAUCCUGCUCAGAGGAAUUUGUACAAGAAUAUGAUGUUGGAGAACUAUCAGAACCUGGUAUCACUGGGUCUUUGCAUCUCUAAGCCAUAUGUGAUCUCCUUAUUGGAGCAAGGGAAAGAGCCUUGGGAGAUGAAGACAGAGAUGACAAGAAGCCCAUUCCCAGAUUCGGGAUCUAUAUAUGAGAGACAAAAAUUAUUUCUGAAGCAGUUCAUGUAUGAUGAUGUGUUAAUGGAGAGAAUUACAACCUAUGGACUUGAGUGUUUUACUUACAGAGAAAAUUGGAAAUGUGAAAGUCUUUUUGAGAGGCAGUUGGUAAGUCAAGAUGCAUUUAUCGGGCAAAAAGUAACCACUUACGAGAAAACCCUUACUAAGGAAAUAGAUCACAAUUAUAACAAGUCUGGGAAAUUUGUCUAUCUAGGCAACAUAGAAGAAAAUGUUUAUAAUCACAAGUCAGAUAAGAAAAGCUUUUCCCAAAAUUCCAUGGUAGUGAAACACAAGAAAGUCUAUGCAGGAAAGAAACUUUUUAAGUGUCAUGAAUGUGAAAAAACCUUUACCCACAGCUCCUCCCUUACUGUUCAUCAGAGAAUUCAUACUGGUGAAAAACCAUAUGAAUGUAAAGAAUGUGGGAAAGCCUUCAACCAGAGUCAGCACCUUGUUCAACAUCACAGAAUACAUACUGGUGAGAAACUCUUUGAAUGUAAAGAAUGUAGGAAAGCCUUCAGCCAAAAUGUGCACCUUAUUCAACAUCAAAGAAUUCAUACUGGAGAAAAACCAUAUAAGUGUAUGGAAUGUAGAAAAGCCUUCAGCCAGCCUGCACACCUUGCUCAGCACCAGAGAAUUCAUACUGGGGAGAAGCCCUAUGAAUGUAAGGAAUGUGGGAAAGCCUUCAGUGAUGGCUCAUCCUUUGCCCGACAUCAGAGAUGUCACACUGACAAAAGACCCUAUGAAUGUAUUGAAUGUGAGAAAGCCUUCAGGCAGAACACAUCCCUUAUUCGUCACUGGAGGUAUUAUCAUACUGGAGAGAAACCUUUUGAUUGCAUCGAUUGUGGGAAAGCCUUCAGUGAUCACAUAGGCCUUAUUCAGCAUAGGAGAAUUCAUACUGGAGAGAAACCAUAUAAAUGUAAAGUGUGUGGGAAAACCUUCAGUUAUGGCUCAUCCCUUACUGUCCAUCAAAGAAUUCACACAGGAGAGAAGCCUUAUGAGUGCGUUGUCUGUGGGAAGGCCUUCAGCCAUCAUGCUUCACUCACACAACAUCAACGAGUGCAUUCUGGAGAGAAACCUUACGAAUGCAAGGAAUGUGGGAAAGCCUUUAGACAGAGUAUACACCUUGCUAGUCAUUUGAGAAUUCAUACUGGCGAAAAACCUUAUGAAUGUAAAGAAUGUGGAAAAGCGUUUAGCAUCAGUUCACAGCUGGCUACUCAUCAGAGAAUUCAUACUGGAGAGAAACCUUAUGGAUGUAAGGAAUGUGGUAAAGCUUUCAACCAGAGGGCACACCUUGCCCAGCAUCAUAAAAUUCAUACAGGAGAGAAACCUUAUGAGUGUAACGAAUGUGGUAAAGCCUUCAGCCAGACUACCCGCCUUAUUCAACAUCAGAGAGUUCAUACUGGAGAGAAACCCUAUAAAUGUAGCGAAUGUGGAAAGGCUUUUAGCGAUAGCUCAUCCCGUUCUCAGCAUCGGAGACUCCAUACUGGCCAAAGGCCCUAUGAAUGUGUUGAAUGUGAGAAGGCAUUUAGAACAAAAUCAUCCCUUAUUUGUCAUCAAAGAUGUCAUACUGGGGAGAAACCUUAUGAAUGUAGUGUGUGUGGUAAAGCCUUUAGCCAUCGUCAGUCCCUUACUGUUCAUCAGAGAAUUCAUUCCGGAGAAAAACCAAUGAAUGUCAGGAAUGUGGGAAAACCUUCAGCCAGAUUGGACACCUUAAUCUACAUAGAAGAAUUCAUACCGGAGAGAGAUCUUAUGAAUGUAAAGAAUGUGGAAAAGUCUUCAGACAAAGCGCGCACCUUAGUCAUCAUCAGAAAGUUCACUCUGCAGAGUCGUCUCAGGCCUCCAGCUCUUCCUCACCCCAUAUGUCACCAAGCCCCGUAGAUAUAUCUGCUAGAUAUUUUUGGAAUUCAUCCACUCCUUUCAAUUCUCAUUGUCCUACUCCCAAACACAGUCAUUUCUCCUGGACUGUUCCAAUAUAAAAACUGGUCCUACAUCCUGUGUUCUUCCCUUCAAGUUCGUUCUUCACACAACUGCCAUGGUGGUCUUUUAAACAUGUAAAUGUAAUUAAACUACUCUCUUAAAACCCUGGUUAGGAAAUUUAAACUAUUUGAUGCCUAUAAAGUGCUUAGCAUAGUGCCUGACCCAGACUAAGUGCUUGAUAAAUGUUAAGUCAGUGUCAUUCAGAGUCUGUUUAAAAAUUAUUUUUAAAGAGUGAACUCUGGAAAGCAGUAUAUCAGUACUGGGAGAGUAUAAUAAUUUUGGAACUCAAACUACAUCUUAAGGUGGAUAAUGAGGAUUAGCAUGUGUAGUAUUUUUAAAGUUUGACAUCAGAAUAACAUAGUGGCUUUCUUUUGAUUCCAAGGCUGUAUGUCUUUGUUGGUGCAGAAAUUUAGUGUGACCUGGUACAUAGAAUAUGUUUUAGGAAGUAUCUAAAGCUCUGGAUAAGACUGAAACAAAAGAAUUAGAAUUUAUUGGGAAGAAUAUAAGACUAUAGUUAAUUAAGGCAAAGAAAUAAAAAUUCCUUAUUAUUUAAAACUGAAGCAAUAGAGAACUGGAAUAGUUUACCCCUAUUUUAAGACACCUGGAUUUACAGAUUAAUUCUAAGCUUUCAAGGAACCACUAAUCACACUGUUGUAGAGUGUAAAGCAUAAAACUAAUUAAACAUAAUUAAAACAUAAUACUUUGUAGUAUUUGGAAUACUUCUUUCAUGAGGCUAAUUUAGUUCUGAUAUCAACCCCCCCAAAAUGAAAUGGUAGUUCUGUGUAGAAAGGAAAUUAUUAAUCUCUGCUGAAGAACAACAGAGGUUCUGAAUAAAUGGAGAGCCACACAUGUUUCUAGAUAGAAGUUUCAAUAUUGUAAAGAUGUCUACAUUCACCUAAUUCCAGUCAUGAUAACUGUAGGAUAUUUUUACAUUGACAGUUUGGUCUGAAAUCAUGUGGAGUGUUAAGUAGGCAAGCAUCAUAGGAAAUUUUUGGAAAAGAUGAUAUGCCCAUGAAUUCAGUGUAUUGCAAAGGUAGUAUUUUUUAAAGUUUCUAUUUAUUUUUAAGUAAUCUCGAAAUCUAGUGUAGGGCUUGAAUUCACAUCCCCAAGAUCAAGAGUCAUAUGUUCCUCUGACUGAGCCAGCCAGGUGUUCCACAAAAGUGGCAUUUUUGAUAUAUCAGUGGGGGAUAUGGAUUACUUAAAUGGUGUUUGACAGUUAGUUAUCCACCUAGAAGUAAAAGCAGAGCUACAUUUUACUCCUUACAGAGAAGUUCCCUGAAUCUGGAUUAAAGAUGUAAUGGAAAACACAAAAUUCUAGAAGAGACUAUAGAAUAUUUGUAUCCCUUUGAGUUUGGGAAGACUUGGUGGACACAGAGUCUAGAAGCCAUGAAGAGAGUGACAGGAAGGAGCAUGUAGAAGAUUUAAACCUUUUGCAUGGUAUAAGGCACUAUUGCAAAGUUAAAAGGCACAUGAUAGGCAGGGAGAAAUUUUUAAAAUAUACAUAUUACAUACUUCUAAAAAGUGCUCUUGAAAAGCAGCAAGGAUAAGAUACAGUUUGAAAAUCACACCAACAAGCAACUCACAGUUACAGAAUAUGAAAUUGUCAAAUAAAAUAGAAGUUCCUAACUACAAUAAUGAUCUGAUAAAUUAAAAAUUUAAAAAGUCCUUGUCACUAACAUAAAUCAGCACAAAUUUUAUGGAUAGUAUCUAGUACUGUUGCAGAUGUGAGAAAUAUAUUUUUGUACAUUGGGAAGAUAAAUCUUUUAAAAGCCAUUUUAGAAGCUAAUGUGUUACUGUCAACAUUUUAAAUGUAAUCACUUUGCUGCAAUUCUAAAUCUCGGAGUUUAUCUUCUUGAAAAGCACAAGCGCAGAAAUAUAGAUGCGUAAGCACAUUUAUUAUAGAAAUGCAAGAAAUUUGGAGCAGCUUAAAUGUCUAGCACUAGUAAGCUAGUUAAUCAAUUAAAUUAUAGAAAAUUCAGUAGAUUACACACUCACUGAAAAGAAUGAGGUAGAUUUUCGUACUCACAGAAAGACAUAAUUUACUAACUGAUGGUGUAAUUUUCAUAAUGAUAAUAUGAUUGUACGGUUAUACAUAUCAGAAAUUUAUAAAGUUAAAAUUAGGAAAAUACAAACAUAUCAGUCAGCUAUUUUGUUUUUGUCUACAAUACAAAUUGAAAAUAUGCACACAGAGAUACACAUAGACUUUUCCUCUGGGCUGCUCUGAUGUCGUUUGGUGAGGUUUUGUGUUGUCAGUUGUACCUAGUUCCCUUUAAUCCAAUCAGAAACUCUCUCCUCGGGACACAGGAGGAGGCUGUAAAUGAGUCCUCCUUUGGCCACAACUUAGGAUACUGCCAGCGCUUCUGCUGCUCUGCUCACUGCAGAGAACAGGUCUCUCAUUCUUCCCAAGUUGGGUCUUAUUAUUAUCUUGUGUCCACUUUAAAAUGAGAUUAAGUUUUUUUGCUGUCAACCAAAGAAACCUAACCAAUGCAGAGAUUGGUAUCCUUGAAGGGAUUUCAGGCAAAACAUCCUGAGAAAAGGUGGAUUAGUAUUCAAAUAAAAAAUGUGGUUAUUGGAUGAAAUGAAGCAAAGGAUUAUAAGGUUCCUCUUCGUGUUUUGUGCCAUCCAAGUAGCAUGCUUUAAUAGCGACAGUAAAACAGCUAAUCAGCUGUGGUUGAGAUAAUUUUUAGACCAGUCAGAAAGAUAAGAAAUGCCAGUCCAAGGGGUCUGUAUGAUGCUUGUUCAUAAUGGAAUUGGAAAAUAUAAAGCAAAAGCAAUAAUGACUUUUUAAAAUUUUUGCUUUAAAGUAUGGACUAGAACACCCAGCCAUUUUGGUAACAUGAUUAAAAGAAGCUCUGUAGCUCUGUGAUUGUUAAAUAUCAAAGAAUGAGCUACAAUGCCAAGUGAAUUCACAAUUUUGGCAGAUUUCUUAAGUAACUUGUUUGACAUUAAGGGACAUCUUUGAUAUCCUGGUUACUGGAAUGAGGAUUUGUGGCAGAAUUUGGGGAUUUUAAAACUCUUAAGCCCAUAAGAAAUCUUAAGAAACCAUGCCAACUAAUUAUCCUUUGUCUGAAAUAACUGGGAAUGAAGGUUAAAGGUUAGCCUCUUUCCUUUGUAGCUCACCAACACUAUGGCUUCUUUGAUUUAAAAAAGAAAGAAAGAAAAUCUGAUUCUAAAGUAGCCUAGAGGUUGAUAUAGGAGGUUAGGGAAGGGUUGAGAGACUCUGCCAAGUAUCAACAUUUAUAUCAGAUUUAAGAAAAUGGCUGCAAAAAUGGGUUUUCAUAGGGCUUGACCUCAGAUACUGGAUUAUAAAAUUUUGAACUGGGCUGAAUUUACACUAUACACACAGGGUAUUACAUAUUUGAUGUGCUAAUCUGCAGUUUAUUGUUUUUCUCAUAAUUUUCUGGGUAGAUUCAUGCAAAUCUCAUAAGGCUAGACUGAAACUAAAUGAUGUUUAAAGCACAGAAAUGACUUUGCCUGAUAUACAGGAAGGAACCAGAAAAUUUGGGAUGCUGACCUUGCUUUCUCAUGUCUGAGUUUCUCACUUGCCUUGUCAUUAGGCUUCCUGAGAGAGGGCCAAAAUGCCUUUCCUUGAACCUGUGCCAUGAGGAAAGCAACACUACCUUUAGAGAGUACUUUACUUGCCAGCCUUAGGAUGUUUGGCAUGCUGGGAAGGGGGGCUGCUCUUGGAAAGGGAUUUCUGAUCUCCAGCAAGGGUAGCUGCCCAGGGAAUGCUGAGCCCUAGCAGCAACUCUCCGGAAGCAAAGUUGAUUUUGUGGUGCACUUGGGCAGGCUCGUUCUGGCUUGUAAGAGUUGUUAUAUUUUUAGAGAUUUUUUGAACUGGUUACUAAAAGGUAUAUAUGUAUGUGUGUAUAGAAAUACAUACAUGUUUGUACUGGGUAACAUGUAACCUGUAUGUAUUAUAUACAUAUGUUUAUAGGUUAUUGUCUAAAUUUUUACUAUAACCAAUAAGUUGUAUUAAACACAGACAAUAGUUUGGAAACUGA